AUGUGCCAUGCUGCAUGGCUGUCGGAGCCGGCACCGCCCCAAAAGGUGGCUUUUGUCAAGGUGAGCAUCAAGCAGGCGACGCGAUCGAUUGCACGUCACGGGCGUCAGGGCCUGUGGACAAACGUCUUGGCUGAGCUUGAGAUCCUGCGUCGAAGCGGCCUGUUGCUGGAUGCCGUGGCGAGUAAUGCAUGUGUUGGUGGGUGUGCCCGCAGUUGGAGGAAAGCAGCCGUGCUGUUGGAGCAGGCAUCGAACGACCAACUGCGCAGAGAUGCCUUUAGCAUGUCUGCCCUUGUGAAAGGUCUUCGCGAAGGAGAUGGCUGGGCUGUUGCCUGCGAGUCCUUGGUGCAGGCUGGCUCUGCCGCAAUCUCCAAGGACGGCGUUCUGGUGGCCGACGUGCUUUCCACCCUUAGUCCCCAGGGGCGCUGGAAAGUCGCUGCUCAGCUCCUGCAAGGAAGCGAGGAGGAGGACUUGUUGGACCUUGUUCAAUGCAACGCAGUCAUCGCCGCAAUCGCAGCUAGCGAUCUUCCACAUCCAUGGGUCGCAGCUUUGCGGCUCUUGGAUCUGGAGAGGGGCUUCGGCCUUCAGGUGGAUGCCGUGGCUUUGAAUUCGGUGAUCAGUUCCUGUGGGGAGACGGAGGGCAUCGCAGCCUGGCAGCGCGCCUUGGUUCUCUGCGACUUGUCCUCACCGUUGCGCGUGCAACUAGAUAUCAUCGGAUUGAAUGCGGCCUUGAAUGUCUGUUCAGGCGCUGCUCCACUUCCAGUCAUGAAAGAGCUGCUUCGCAGGAUGCGGCGUGGCCGGAUGCAUCCAGACGCCGUGACAUGGACGGCCCUCAUCGCCGGGUCUGGCCGGCUAGCUUUGUGGUUGCAGGCCGCGAGACUCUUGAAGAAGAUGCGGCGCUGGAGUGUCCGUGCCAAUGCCUACUCUUACAGUGCGGCUGUGGCCGAAUGUCGGCAUCGGGACUGGCAGCUGGCUGUGGAUUUGAUCCGGGAGCUGCAGGUGCAGCACCUCCUCCUCUCCGAAACCGCGGCCCUUACAUGCAUAUCUGCCUGCGAGGCAGAGGGCGGCUGGCCCUCCGCACUUUCGCUUGCGGUGGGUCAACAGCUUCAUGCGACGACGGCGAUGAUUUCAGGAGCAGGAGGCGUAGGCCAUUGGACCAAAGCUCUCGUACUUUUGGAGGCCGCUCGCCUAGCUUUGCUUCAGGAGGAUACUACCAGGUGCAACGCUGCAAUGGGAGGGUGCAGCCGAUGCUCCCACUGGGACGAGGCGCUCCGAAUAUUCGAAUCUAUGUUGGUAUGCGGAGGGGCCAUGCAGCCAAACGCCGUGUCAAAGAUAUCAGCGUUGCUUGCAUGUGCGAAUGGGGGACUCUGGCAAGGUGCCGUGUCACAUCUUCUCUCUUUGGAAAAGGCGGAGGCCGUGGCCUACUUCGCUGCGGCAGCUGCCUGCGCGAGUGCUGGGGCCUGGCGCUGGGCCCUGGUGAUUGUCGACAGGAUGCUCUCUGACGGCUCAGCUGUGACGGCGGAGACCUUCCAUGCGGCCAUCAAUGCAUGUGAGAAGGGCGGCGGCCUCUGGCAAUGGGCCCUUCAGCUGCUCCGCAGCCUCCGUGGGGCGCGAUUUCUGCCGAGCGCCAUCGCGCUGAACUCGGCAUUGAGUUGCUGUGAGAAGGCGGGUCAAUGGCAGCGAGCUUUGCACCUGCUUUCACUGCUGCAGGGAGGCGGAGAUGGUGUGCAGACCGCCGCUGGGUUGGAGGUGGGUGUCAUCGGCUACAACGCAGCCAUUUCUGCCUGCGGUGCUCGUUGGCAACUGGCAGUGGGUAUCCUUUCCUCGCUCUGUGAUGCUGGGAGCACGCCCGACGCCUUCUCUUUCAAUGCGCUCGCCAGCUCUCACGAUCGGGCCGGCCUUUGGCAUGGUGCUUUGGACGUGCUCCGGGCCAUGCGAGGUCGCCUCUUGGAGGCGGAAACGAUCGGCUUCAAUGCGGCUCUAGGAGCAGGGCGGAGUUCCAAAGGUUGGGCCACGACACUACGCCUGCUCACAGCGAUGUGGCGGCUCCAGAUCACCGUAGACGUGAUCUCGUUAAGUGUUUCGAUGACGACCUGCGAGAAGUCGCAUCGAUGGUCCUGGGCAGUUUACCUGCUGUCGCAAAUGCCACGAGCAGGUGUGCUGCCGGGCCUGAUAGCUUUCAGUGCCGGGGUGAGCGCCUUUGAGAAGCGUGCGAACUGGGAGGCUGCGGCGGGCUUGCUGUCGGAGAUGAGUAGCCAGACGGUGCAGCCCAGAGAAGUCGAGCUCUUGGAUGCCGGCCUUGGCUUUGCUUCAGGACCUCAGACCCAGGCUGGCUUCUGCCCCACAGCUUCGUCGCAGGAGCCAGAGUGCGGCUUCGAGAGUGGGGUGCCCCCUCAUCAUUUCACCUUCGAUCUGCCCAGGCACUUCGAUCAGCUGCAGCUGAUGCUGGCUUCUCAAAGCAUCCAGAACGAAGUGCGUGAGUUGCAAGAAGUGAUGAUGACGAAGUGCCCCUAUCGCGUGAGCCCGAAAGAGGUGAUGACGAAGUACUCCACUCGUAUCGAUGCUGCCGACUUCUCCGACGGUUGGGCGACGGUCACCUUUGGCAUCUUGUUUGGUGUAGCUGGAGCAUGCCAGCUCUUCGAACAGGUUUAUCGCGCAACUGGCGGAGACGUUUCGGGCUACAACGUCCAAGAGAAGAGCAAAAGCACGCUGACCCUCCUGGCUUUGGCUUGCUGCAUGCUCCUCUCUGGCGUGUCGGGUUGCGCAGGUGCGUUCUUCGAGAUUCGGCAUCCGGUGACGUUUUUCGCAAUCAUGCUCCUCCUUCAAUGCAUCUUGGAGGUUGCUUGGUUCGUACUCGAGGAUUCCACUGGAACCUUCGGUGACUUCUGCCAUAUGAUUUGGUCUGAGGUCGUCCUUGGCAAUCGUUCCGUGAACAGCCCGGUGGCGGUGAACCUCUUCUAUGCCUUGAUGUCCAUAAACAUUCAUCUCUGGGCCUGUGGCGUUGUGGCCAGUUACGCUUUGGAACUCCGGGCUGCCGGCAAGGCCGUCUGGUUCGAGCCAAUCGAUGAUGACGAUGACGACGAGGAAGCGGCCGAAACGCCUCUGAAGGGCCAGGAGGUGUCUCAGGGCAGCGAGAGGGCAGAAGGCUACGGGGCGACUCCGCCCUAG